UUAUCCCCGUCUUCUUCCCUCUCAUGGCAGUUUGAGGGGAUGCGGUGAUACUGCCGAGGAUCUACCAUGAGGGCAUGCUGGGUGUGGCUCGUGGUGGCGGUGGCGCUGGUGGUGAGCGUGGGAGUUACAGAAGGGCGGCGCGGACGCGGGCGGGCCAAGGGCGGCCGGAAGAACACGGGCAGUCGCGGCGGCAUCAUCAGGUACAAAUCCGAAGACAGCAAAGCCUACUACAACCAUGACGACGGUGCUAAGAUCACGUUAUGGUCCCACUUCGAGUCCGAAUACUUGCUGGGGAGGAAAAUAGUGUUCAUGUGCGUGGCCACGGGGAAUCCGCGGCCGCACAUCACCUGGUACAAGAACGGCAUUGAGCUGUACGCCCACUCAUUCUUCCAGGUGCACGAGUGGAACGAGGACGACAACACGAUUAAGAGCAAGAUGGAGAUCGAUCCCGCCACGCAGAUGGACGCGGGCUACUACGAAUGCCAGGCGGACAACAAGUACGCCGUGGACGUUAAGGGCUUCAGGACGGACUACCUCAUCGUGUUUGACUGAGCACCGAGGCAGGAGAAAGUCUCAGCCCGUUCAUCACUUGAAGGCGUCGGUUACAACCAGGGUGGCGAUGAGUGUGGUGACGGACACUUGAGGAGUCUCGCGGUUGACGGUUGAAUGUUGAUCCUUGACGGGACUAAGGGAAACGGAAACACAUAUAGACUGUGAUGGUGUUCUACGUAGAGAAAAUGUCGGGUUCAGAUUCUGUCUGUCCAUCGGCUACAAAAUUACUUGGUCGAGAUGUUUUGUUCAAAAUGUUGGCUGUAUAAUCAACGGGAAAAUGCUGCGGUUGUUAGGAUAUCAGGUCAGUACAAAUAAUGCAAGUCUACACUAACAGUCUGAUUUGAUUACUGGUGUGACGUCGUAGCAAGGAAUGUUCGCCUUGGCCUUCGUUCCAGUCACAGCUAGGAGUCUGAGGCGGCGCAUACUGCACUGCCAAUUUGCGAAGGAGAAUGUAGUAUCAUGAGAUGUGCUUAGAGGACUAUCGUACGACGGUAGAUCUGUGGUGACUGAUUCCUGUCAGGACACAUGUGGGGUCGAGACCAUCGUAGAUUACCAAUAUUGUUUAGAAUAGAAAAUUGCCAAUAAGAGUACUAUUCAUCUGCAUUAUAGCUCUCGAAUUCACUGUUAUAUUAUUCAUAGAGUGAGUGCAAAAGAGUAGAAUAGGAAUCCUAGUAAUCACAUAAGCGGACGAUACUGAACAGGACUUAGAGGAGUUUGCAUUGUUGAAGCGUGCAAGGUUUUCGGGCGAGACGUGCAGCCGAGGGCAAAACAGCUGACGGCUAAAUCGAGUACAACUUUCAGGAAAGGAGUCCUUCAUGGCACAAAAGCAGACUGAGAAAGGGCACAGGAACCGAGAUGGAAGGUAAAAUAGUUUGGCCAAAAGUCCGCUGCGUCUUACCAUUGGUAUAUGCGGCCUGGGUAUCGAAGGAGAGAAGAUGGCUUCCGUUAAGAGAGUAAUACGUGAAGGCGUUCGGUGAUUUGCUUAAACCUGUAAUCAGUCACUGUAGCACAAAUAUCUCUAUAAAAUGCCAUUCAAUCAGUAUUAAUUGUUAGAGCAGGUAUACUGACAAUGUAGGACACGCAACUGUUUGCACCAAGCUAAGGAAACUCCACCAUCCACUUGACAGCCGGCACGUUUAUCUCCUCCAGACCCGCAGCAGCGCUUAGGAUGGAAUGGCUACACAUCACCCAUCACACCAGCACGCUCAACCUGAUCCCGUCCAGCACUAGCGAGCUUCCCUUCAGUUGUAGCACACCUCCACGUCAACCCACAUGGGGAAACCUGCAGUCUUCUGGGUUCUGUUACGGCUGUCGAUGCACUUACCUCCUUGCACUCUCACUUCCCCUUGCAACAUAACUUGGAUAACCACUCACCAAAACAUUCUACUAUAAUUUACCUUAAAUUAUUUUCUGCCUCAAAAAGUGUGGUUAAGCUGAGAAGGCAUCCAAAAGCAAAAUUAUCAGUUUCUCUCUUCCUCAAAUCAAGGGUACUAAUAAUAAAAUAAGGUACAGGCCAGAAUAUCUGAUCAUAUUAUUCAAUAAAAUUGGUUAAACCAAGUUUAAAGGGUCGUAACAUCCAUCUGUGCAGUAAAAAUGCAUUGACAUUGGAUAAAAAUUAAGUAUUGCAUUUUACGGCCACGAAGAGUAUAACAAAUGCUUGUUAAAUAUAUCCUUCAAGAUUCAUCUUAACCAUAUGCCUGUAUUCUGACGAAGAUAUCAAUGGUCUACGGUAUCGCCAAGCCAAGCGUCAAGUUAAACUGCAUAUGCAGAGAUAGUGUUUUACAA